UCUCCCUGUCUCCCCGUAUCUUUUGUUCUUCUCUGCUUCGUCUUCGCCUAUCUCUGUCUCUGCCGUAUUUCGCUCUCUCUCUCUCCGUCAUUUCAUCAACUUUCCGUUUCGUAUUAUCGUUGGUCUCAUCUCCUAAAUCCAUGGAAUUCAAGGCACACAUGUUUAGAGAAAUGAUUCUUUAUGAAUGGCGUCAAGCUAACGUACAAGAAGAGGACUUAAAGAGGAUUUUGCCUACUCUAGUUCAAUCGUUUCUCAAGGACAUGGCUUAUAAAAACAGCGACGAGACACUUUUGGAUGCAGAGGUACGCGAUGAUGAUUCGCCUAACGUAUGGACUUUGAGAAAAAGGGGUGAAGAAAAAGUGUACAUGUUCUCUUAUGUAUUUGGGCAUGAACUGUUUCAAAUACUCAUGCCUCUUGCUCAGGCAAAACUAAGAAGAUUUGAUGAUGAGACGUGGAAAGAAAGAGAAGCUAUUGUUUUUGCUCUUGGAACAGUUUCUAAAGGCUGCAUUAGAAGUUUCCAGCCUCGUCACUUGGCUAUGCUUGUAGUACUCCUUGUUCCUCUUUUGGAUGAUCUUUGCCCUCUCAUACGAAGCAAAUCGUGUUGGACACUUUCUCAAUAUGGCGCUUAUCUUCUUAAGGGAAGUCAACAUAGGAGUUAUCAACAUUUUGAGAGAGUUCUUGACGGUGUUCUUCGCAAACUCUUGGAUGUGAACAUACGGGUUCAGAAUGCCGCUUGUGUAGCUUUUACAACUCUUGCCAAGGAUGCUGGUGAAGACUUAGUGCUAUACCUGGAAGUAAUGCUAGAACAUAUCAUACGUGCUUUUGGAACGGCUCAGAGGGAGAACAUAGAAAUAGUCUAUAAUGCAAUUAGAACAAUGCCAAACUUGGUUGGAGGAGAGAUGAUAACUAAGCUUGAGAUUUUGAUUCCCCAACUGGUUGCAAAAUGGGAACAACAUUCGGAUUCGGAUAAAGAUUUAUAUCUAAUGCUAGAAUGCUUCACAUCAAUUUCUGUGGCUUUAGAUGUCGGAUCCGUUCCAUUUGCUCAGGCUGUUUUCAAGAGAUGCAUACAAAUCAUGGAAAAGCAAAACCUAGCUAAGGUUGGUAUUUCCGCUGUGACUGAGUAUGAGAAAGAAACUAUCCUCUACUCUAUUGCUUUUCUUUAUGACCUUGCUGAAUGGUUUGGGAGUGGGAUAGAGUAUCUGCUUGAAGAAAGUAAUUUAAGACUUAUGCUUCUUGGCUAUUGCAUGGAUAAAGAUCCUGAUGUCAAAGAAAGAGCCUUUGCCCUUAUGGGUGUUCUUGCAAGAGUGCACCCGGUCUAUAUACAACCCCUCCUACAUGAGUUCCUCGAUAUCGCAAGCAAGCAAACGGGUGUAGACGUUAUUAGAGAAAACGUUAAUGUCGCGGCUAAUGCUUGCCGGACCAUCGGGGAACUAGCUGUCAAGUUUUAUCAAGAAUUCUCAUCACUUAUAGUGACCAAUGUUGUCCUUUCCCUAAGCAUAAUUCUUCAUCAAGGAGAGGUGUGGGACAAUAAGGCACUCAUUGAGGUCAUUUCAAUAACCCUUGCGAGGCUAGCGUGGAAUUUUCCAGAACUCGUCGCGCCUCAAAUGGAGCACUACUUUGAGCCAUGGUGCAAGUCAUUCUCAAUGAUCGAUGAUGACAGUAAAAAAGAAACAUUUAGAGGGCUAUGUGCAAUGGUUACAAUGAAUCCAUUAGGAGUUGGCAGCUCACUUUUUUUCAUAUGUCAAGUCAUUGCGAAUUGGCACCAUGGUUAUCUUGAUACUCUGAUGUACCCACUCAUUGCAAAGUUGAACCAGCUUUCAAUAUCAGAUAAAGAUAUCUUCCCAUUGCUAAGAUGCUUCGCAUCCAUUUCUCAGCCUUUAGGUGUCCGAUUCGCUCCAUUUGCUCUGCCUGUUUUCCAGAGAUGCAUGGAUAUCAUCGGAAUCCAAGAGCUCGCCAAGGUUGGCCUUGCUCCUGCUGGGGCUCAGUAUGACAAAGGAUUCAUCAUACAUUCUCUUGAGUUUAUUUAUGAACUUGUUGGAGGGCUUAAGAGUGGAAUAGAGUCUCUGGUUUCACAAAGUUAUCUAAGAGAUAUGCUUAUCCAGUGUUGCAAGGAUGAAUCUCCUGACGUCAGAGAAAGAGCUUUUGCCCUUAUGGGAGCUCUUGCAAGAGUUUUCCCGGUCUAUCUACAACCCCGCCUUCGUGAGUUCAUCGAAAUCGCAAGCCAUCAACUGAUCAUUGAAAACAUUACUAGCGAAACCCUUUAUGUCGCGGCUAAUGCUUGUUGGGCCAUUGGCCAUUUAGCGGUCAAGGUUGGUCAAGAAAUGUCACCAUUUGUUGUAAAAUUCGUCUCUUCCCUGUGCUGGAUUCUUGGACAUAAUGAGGGUUUCAAUAUGGCACUAGUUGAUAGCAGUGCUAUCACCAUAGGGAGACUAGCAUGGAUUCGUCCUGACCUAGUCGCUCCGCUCAUGGAGCACUUCAUCGAGCCAUGGUGCAUGAAUUUGUCAAUGUUAAUUGAUAGCAAUAAGAAAGAAGAUGCAAUUAGAGGGUUAUGUGCUGCGGUUAAACUGAAUCCAUCAGGAGUUUCUGAAUCACUUUAUUUCAUAUGCACAGCCAUUGGGAGUUUUCAUGAAAUAAAAAGUGAGGACGUGAAAAUAGAAGUUUCUGAAGUGUUGAACGUCUACAAGAAUAUGAUGGGAAGAAGCUCAUGGAAACAAUGGCUCUCUCGUUUGGAUCCUCUUGUCAAGGAAAGGCUUGCGAUAUAUGAAGUGUAACAUUGAUUGAUAUGCUCUUCUCUUAUACUCAUUGCAAACAAGAACUGUGUUUUAGCAAAAAAUGUUUUUAAGUUUCCUUUACAUUUACAUCCAAAAUGGGAUUUGUUGGAUUUGGAUUCAUUAUUUUUGCACUAAAUAAGAUUGGACUAUGAGAACUCCCUUAAUCAA